AUGAAAGCUUAUUCAUUGUUACCUGCUGUAGAUGAAGAUAUGAAUAGAAUACAUAAUUCUGAUUCACUGGGAAUCACUCCAUCCGGAGUAAUAACAUGUCCAUUGGAAAAUCCGUCUGAUAAAGAACAGUCAAUGUAUUCCUCAUCGACACAACAUUUAUAUCAUCCAAACAAUACAAAUGAAUAUCCAAUGUCAGAACCACGACGACAACAUCUAACAAAAGCUGAAUAUUCUCCCAUUGGUUCAUCUCGUAAACUUAAUCUAUUACUUCAACGUUCACUUCGAUAUUCAUAUCGACAACGAUGUUGUGGAUGUUGUCCAACAAUACUUUGUGAACUUUUAUUUCCAUUGAUUCUAAUUGCAUUAUUAGCUUUAACACGUUAUGGAACUAAUGCACUCAUUAGAGAACUGAAUGACAAUCCGAAUUCUACUCCAAGAAAUUUUGAUCGUCCUCAAUGUUCACAAAAUCGAAGUGCAACAAUAGCAACAAGUUUAUCAACAAAUUCAAUAAAAAAUUGUUUCAAAUUUCCACCAAGUUACAAAGGACGUGGACUUGGAUUUUUUUCUCCACAAAUAGUUUCAAAUACAACAAAUUUUGUAUUUCAACCAAUGACAGAUGACACUCGAAUUCUUGUUGAACGUGCUAAAGAACGUUUGAAAAUUAUGAAUUGUGAAAAUACAAAAGUUUGGACUCAAAAUAUGGAUGCUGAACAUGAUAAUAACUUAUUACAAAACGAUACAGAAAAUACAGUUAUUAUUGAUUUUGGUUCAGCAUCUAAUUUAAAAAAUGAACACAAUCUUGGCUAUAAUAUAAUGGUUCGAAUGCCAAGUACUAUUCCUAAAAAUGCUCCAGUUGAUCUAUCAUUUCUAUCAUUUUUACAUCCAACAUUUAUUCCUGAUCGAUCUAAUGUAACUGAUAAUAAUAAUGAAGAAGGUUCACAAUUACCUGAAUUUAGUGAUGUAAAAAUGUUUAUUGAUUCAUUACUUAUUGGUUAUCAAACGAAUAGAUCUAUUGAAUUUGAACUUGAACGAAAAGCUAUGAUAUGUACACCAUACCGUCGAGAUGCUCUUUUCGAGGGUGGGUCAGCAUUCGUAACAAUAAUUCUACUGUUUAUUGAUUUCGUAUAUUUUAUUCCAUAUUUAAUUCUUCUAAUCAGUUUAAUUCGAGAAAAAAAUGCUAAAGUGAAAGAAAUUCUUAAAGUACUCGGAAUUGAACCUAUUCUAAAUAAUUUUGCUCAAGCAAUUCGAACAUUAAUUAUUAUUUGUUUUUUAACAAUAUUAUUAUGUAUUGUAUAUAAAUUAAAAUUAAAACCUGAUGCAUAUUUCAAUACAGUUAAUUUUGGUGUUCUUUUUUUUGGAUAUUUUAUAUAUGGUUUACAAUUAAUAUCAUUUUGUAUAAUGAAUGCACAGUUAUUUGAUAAAACUGUUCGUGCAGUAUUAGGCACUUUUUUCAUAUAUGCUGUAUCGAUAUUUAUAUAUCCAUAUACUAUUGUAUGGCCAACAGCUAUACAAUAUAUAUUGAUAUUUGUUAGUCCUUAUAUUGCUGGACAUUCAAUUUUUCAACAAGCGGUUUUACAUGAUUUAGCAUAUAAAGAUCUGGCAGUAUUUCAAACAAUAUAUCGUCAUGUACCAAUCUAUUUUGUAACAUUAAUUAUUAUGAUUGUUAGCUGUGUUUUCUAUUGGAUUUUAUCCUGGUAUUUGGAAAAAGUUUUUCCAGGUGAAUAUGGUAUUGGACUUGAUUGGAAUUUUCUUUUCAAACGAGAUUAUUGGCGUUCAGAAAAAGUUCAUCAUAGCAUCGAAUCAUUUCCUGAUCGUUCAUUACCUCUUAAAAGAACUCAUUCGAAUAGUACACCUAUUGUACACGUAGAUCAUCUUGUUAAAAAAUUUGGUCCAGAUAAAAUUGCAGUUAACGACGUAUCAUUUGAUUUAUAUGAAAAUCAAAUAACAUCAUUAUUAGGACCGAAUGGUUCAGGUAAAACAACAAUAUUUAAUUGUUUAAUUGGAAUACAUAGACAAACAUCGGGUGCAAUAACAAUGGAAAGUGAAGAUGGAAUGGAUAUUGAUACACGAACAAAUAUGGAAUUAUUAAGAAAAUCGAUGGGUUAUUGUCCACAACAUGAUAUUCUUUUUGAUUUAUUAACUAUAAAAGAACAGAUUGAAUUUUAUGCAACAGCUCGAGGAUUUGGAAAAAAUAAACAACAAAUAGCAU